UUGUGAAUGACAAAGGCACCGCUAGUCGAUCGACACGUAGCUCCAGCAUUUACAUUUCUCUCUGCCCACUUCUUCCUUGGUCGCACUUGAACUUCACUCGUCGUUCCCGUUUAGCUCGCAAUGGCGGCACCUGUUCUGUUCAGCAUUCUGCUGAUCGUCUCUGGAUCGGCCGCCGCCGGCGACGACGGGGCAAGACAGCUUCCCCAUCUCCAACUCCCACGCACCCCCGACUCGGGCCGUGACCACGGGUCCGUCUCCGACGCGCCGCCGCCGCAGGAGCAGCUCAUGGACGGGGCAUGGGAGCUUCUCCCCCAUCUCCAGCUCCCGAGCACCCCCGACUCGUGCCGUGACCACGGGUCCGACUCCGACGCGCCGCCGCCGCAGGGGCAGCUCAAGGACGGGGCAUGGGAGCUUCUCCCCCAUCGCCAGCUCCCGGGCACCCCCGACUCCGGCCGUUGCCCCAGGCCCGACUCCGACGCGCCGCCGCCGCAGUGGCAGCUCAUGGACAUCAUGUCCACGAGCGGCUGCGGGAGGUUCGCAGCCCUCGUCGCGGCGACACCGAACGUCGGCGACAUCUUCCUGCAGCACCUCGUCGCGGGCGGCGGAGGGCUCACCCUCUUCUGCCCCGACGACGAGGCCGUCGACGCCUUCGAGCCCACGUUCCGCGCACUCGCCGACGGCGUCCGGGCCAAGGUACUGCUCCGCCAUGGAGCGAUGACCCGCUACGACCGGGCGCAGUUCGCGCCCUUCGACCUGGUGGCGGUGCCCACGCUGGCCGUCGACGACGCGGCCACCAACGACGACGAGACCGUCCUCGUCCGCGACAGGGGCGACAGCGUCAGGCUGGGGCUAGGGCCGACGUGGCCCCGGGACGGGCAGGCCACGGUGACGAGGACGAUAUCGUCGGAGGAGCACCCUCUCGUCCUGUACGUCGUCGACGCCGUGCUUCUGCGACAGAAGCUGGAUGGAGGGGACGAGGCGGCGGCGUGCGGCGUCCUUGACUUUCUGCGCCUCUGCUGGCCGUGCAUCUGCAUUGGGAUCGGGGCGGAGGUGCUGCCCGCGAUAAUCACUGUGUAUCGGCGUCCGAUCCGCCGCCGCGCCUGAGUUCAGUUUUGCUGCUAGAUCGUUUGCAUAUUUCUUCAAGCGAUCGUAUCUUGUGUGUGUGCGCGUCCAUCACUCCAUCUAUAAAUCUGCAAUAUUUUUCA